AUGGAGAUUGACUCGACAAAUGCAUUUCCUGGUGCAUUUAUUGCACUGCUCUCGCAUGUUCGUCACAGCAGAGACAGGUCGCCAACCUUUCCGGUAGAGAUCUUUGAGGCCAUUCUCGCAGAUGAAAGCCUCACACAGCCUGAUCUCAAGGCACUCCGACAAACGUGUCGACUCUUUGCGUUUCUGGUAACAGAUCGAUUGUUUGAGCGCAUUGGCAUCUCCAGAACAUGGAGAGAUCGAAAAUCCUUCCUGAACAUUGCCGCAACGCCGCACCUUGCCAAAGCUGUUCGCACAGUCGUAUGGUACGAACUGCCUGGCAACGAGUCCAAUUUGCGUCUCUUCAAUGGUCCAGGGAGGCACCCGCACUUCUCGGACGGUCCAGAGCCUCCUAAGUGUCGCCUUAAGAACUGGCGCAAAGGCAGAUACGAGCGAAAAAAGUUCACGUGGCCGGACCUAUCCCGAAAUGAAAACGCGUGGCGCAAUAGAAUGUUUACCGAAGCGGCAUCUCUGUUCUGGUGGAAGAUGGAUAUUACGUUCCAACCUUGUCGGUUAUACAGUCACAGCAGGGUAGCGGCGAACGAAAAGAUCGCGGCCGAUUUCUUUCCUGUUUUCUGCGAUUCCUUGCGCGCCAUGCCGGGCUUAUCGACUUUUGGUUCGGAGCCUAUGCAUCCCGACCGACUGCUCCAGGAUGCAGUAGAUGGGUAUCCAUUCGUUGCUCAGCUCUACCAGAGCCACGAGGAGUCAGUUGUCGAUACAGACUUCUCCGGGAUUCGUCGUUUCCUUCAGAAAGCUAUAGUCGCAUCGCGGCAGUGGCCAGGUGGACCGUCCAUUGAUGAACUUCACGUCGUUCCUAUCAACUACCAUAUCUCGCCAUCGGGCAUGUAUGGCUUCGAUCUUAUCAAACGACUGCACUUCUGCUGUCUUAAUCGGGAUCCGGACGGUAUGAUCAAUUUACGGGAGAUUCUCGGCGCUUCACGGAACUUGUCAAGCCUACGGCUCUGCUUCGAUAUUGUCGGGCAAGAGAUCCCCCCCUUCCCUUCUGAACGCGUACCUAGCCCCGAAGGUCUGAGUUAUGUGACUCUCGACGGGACAAACGUAUGUCUUUUUGCUUCUCUAUCACGCAUGCCCCGGCUGGAAUCGCUGUAUUUGGACGGAGUACCUUUCUCUUUAAAUGGAUUGGCCUCUUUUCUCGAGAAGCAUGCGCAUACAUUGCGGGCAGACAGCGUCUUGGACAUGGAGGCCCAAACAUUCGAAGAUGACAUGUCCCUAGACAGCGAUGGGUCUUACGAACCAGGAGACGAUGACUUCGAUGAUCUGGAGUCUAUCAAGGAAGACGACAUCACCGCAGGCCAGCCCGUCAUGCCCUGGGAAGAUGAUGAACGACCAAUGUAUGCUCGCGAACAUAUGUCGCACCUCCGCCACCUGGAACGGUUCAGGGCAAGUGGUGAUAAAGGACCCGCAAUGUGGCAUUUUAAAAAAAGGAAUGGUGAGGAGGCGUGGGGAGAAGACCCGUUGGAAUUCUGGUCAGAUUGGGAAGGGAGUGAGGCAGGUGACGUGACUGAGCCGGCGUCUUCUGAUUGGAAAGCGGCUGCGUUGGUACCGAGAAAGAAGAAACCUCUUACCAGAAGCUUCUUUUCCAAAUGGGACGAGCCUAGAAUAAAUGGUCGGAUUGCCCCCAUCAACCCCGGUAUAUAG